AUGUCUUUAUGUUCAUUUGAAAUAAGUAAUUAUUUAAAAUUCAAAUAUGAUAUGAUACAUUCUGAGUCAAGUAAUACAGAUGAUUAUUGGUAUUCUAAUGAAACGUGCCGAUGUGACGAUGGUAAACAAUAUCCUUGUCAAGAAAUUUAUUUUAAGAAGAAUACUGACAUACCCAUCAAAACAGUUGAAGUUGUUCGUCAAGGAUGGAAUGUUGUCCAAAGAACUACAACGUAUGAUAUCAUCUCAAUUGGUGAUCUAGAUGAUAAAUCUCUACGACAUGUUGGAUUAGAAGUAUGUAUACCUCAAAUUGUGCGCGAUCGGGGCCAUCCAUUUGGAAAAUGUAGCGAAGAACAUGGAGGUUUUAUGGCUGUUUUCAAAUGUCGAAAAGAAUUAAAACAAAUGAAUGAUUGUUUAACAAAAUGGUUUCAAGAUGAAGAAUUUCGUAAAGAAUGUAUCGAUAUUUAUUUAGAUGAACGUACAAAAUAUCGUUCGACCGGUGAAGUGACUCAUCAGAUUAAACGACCCUAUUAUUAUAAUCCAGAAAAAGAAUUAAAACGUCUUAGCAAAUUAAAAGAGAAAUAUGAUAGACUCGAAAAUAAAACUUAG